AGUGCAGCCUGCAGAGUAAACCUGGCUCAGUUGUUUACAGCGGCCUAGCAGGAACCAUUCCACUGUAGACACAAUGUCAAGACUGAUUUCUGUCUCUUUAAGAUCCCUAGUGAGAGGUGUCUGUGCUCCAAGGACUAAUGCAAGGGACAACCUUCACACAAGGUCAUACUGCCAGAAUGCCAAUCCUGCCAAACCCAGCGUAACUAAAGACCAAGACUAUACUGGCCACCAUCUGUAUAGAAAUGAGAGAAGACCAACAGACUUUGAUAAGAAGGUGCUAGUGUGGUCCGGGCGUUUCAAGAAACAGGAAGAAAUACCGGAAUUUGUCUCGUGGGAGGUAGUUUCAGCUGCGAGAAGCAAUAUCCGGAUAAAGAUCUGCACGGGGAUGAUAAUUUUCACCAUUGUUGGAUGUAUUUUUAUGGUGCGAUCUGGAAAGAAGGCUCUCAAGGAAGACAAAACACUGCUCCAUAUGAAUAUAGAAAAGAAGGCAAAGUGGAGAGAGGAUGCAGCACAAGAUCAGUCUUCUUCCUUCAAAAGUCAUUAACCAGAAGUUAUUGAAGUUUUGUAACCUUUUCUUGUAGUUGCAAUGCCUUUAUGUAUUUCAUAGGAAGACUAUAACUUUAUUUUAUGUCUGGGAUUAGUAUGUCUAAAUAAAUAUGUUUCCAGGUACAGCUUCUCUUUCCAUCUCUUCAAGCCCUAGAGUACAUGUCAGUGUUGACCUUACUGUUCUCUGCUGUAUUUUU